GCCGUAUAUUUUUUAAACGCAGAAAAAUAAAAUGGCGAUUCGUUUGGUCGGGGGAAUUUUGGCUGAGAAACAAUGACAUCUUUGAAGAGACCAGCGCACGACACCUCCCCAAAAUACGGCGGAAUUCCGACCAAAAUGCCUACCUUGGUGAGACAGCGAUCUCCGGUGGCCUCAAAAUCCUUUCUGAGUCCGGCCAGCGUCGAUCCUGAUCCGUACUAUCUGAUGAAGGAUUCUUCGGCUCCAACAGAAGUGACCGGAGAGACCAAUUUGAUCAGCCACUACGGCCUGGAGCACAGCUACCAGAGAUUCUCCAGCAAGAAGGUCAAGGAACAACUCAGUGCAUUCCUGCCUCACUUACCUGGGAUGAUUGACACGGUUGGAGCACAAGACAACAGCAGUUUGCGAGCAUUAAUUGACAAACCGCCCAUUGGUGGCAAGGAGAUCAUCCCUCUGUCUGGACCAGCAUUGACGGGCUUCAAGCUACAUCCGGGAUCUAUUCCUGAGCAGUUUAAGCUCUUGCAUCACCAGCCAGUCAAGAAGCAUAAACACAAGAAACACAAGAAGGAGCACCGGCCGCCAGACACUACAGAAAUAACAGCAACAGCAGGUGAGGCAGGGACGGAGGGAAGCCACGACAAGAAACACAAGAAGCAGAAGAAGCACGAGGACGGAGAACGCAAGAAACGCAAGAAAGAGAAAAAGAAGAAAAAGCAACGACAGAGCCCUACUCACCCAAGCGUCGGCUCAUCCCACAACGGGAGUGGACCUGGAAGGCCUUGAAGAAUAGAAGGCAUCACAUAUUAUAAAAUAUUUGUACAGAGUUCAGGACAUAUUUGGAGUCCAUAUGGUACCAGUUAUUGUGGAAAGUCAGAGAGGGAGAGAGAGAGAGAGAGAGCUGAUGUGGGUGGUCAAUAUCUUUACAGUGUUAUAAGUUUUCAGGAAGACAUCAACAAGUUUAAGAGACCAUUGCAUUUAUUUGCAAGUAUAUGGAACCUGCACACUACAGAACAUUUUAGCGAGCGAAGCCAAGUAAUUUAGCCCAGAGCCAAAUUACAAUUGUUCAUGGAUGUCUGAUUGUUUGGUAAAUAAAUGCCUGUUCCUCGGUGCCGGUAACGGUCUUCGAAGGCAAUUUUGUCAAUUCGGCUGGCCAAAGCAGCUGGCCAAAGCACAUAUCAGUAUAUCUACAUGCUGCACUCCCCAUCUGCUAUUGAUCAGCAGUGGACUAGGACAAAUGUAAAAAAUGAAAACUCAAAACAUUUAAGUUUCUUUCAUUAAUUGCUUGCAUAGAUCCAUAUCAGUAUUGCAAGUAGAACAAGAAAUCUCGAGACAGAAUUGUGUUGUGUCCCUUCCCCCCCCCCCCCCCCACAAAAAAAAAUGGCUGCAUAUCUUUUGAUACUUUUGAAACUGAUUUUUGGCGUCAGUGACAAGGCAGUGUUUGUUGGUAAACAGAUUGGAUUGUAUAUAAGUAGUCUAGUUUUGAAUUGUGCUUUUAAAUUGUUUUCUUUUUGAAAUAAAAUUUAACAAAUACAUGGUGUGGGUAUAUUUUAUGUUUUGUUGGCUGUGGUUAAGUGAACGAUGGUAUUUUCUGCAUAGAAGCUAUUUAUUUUUAAAAGAUAUUUUGGUUUAUUUGUGUGAUUCAACAUUACUCAAGAAGAAAAUUAGUUAGCUUGAUUUUUAACUUUACUUGGAAUAUGUCUGGCUAUGUCCCAGACUCGCUUAUACCACAACUAGUGUAUUUAAAUCCUGUGAUAGGGUUUCACAAGAAUUAAACACCGUCAAAUCAGUCAAUAGUUGGCGUACAUUCUUAUCCACACAAAAUUGAGGUGAGGUGCACAUGUCUGACAAUCUUGACUCAGUUUAUGUUACCAAAUCUACUAUCAAGAAUACCUUGAUAAGAUUUUAUAUUUGAAGCAUAAUUAUGUGGAUGCAACCAAAGUUGUUUCCCCUCAUAAAACUCAGACUACAUGUAUUGAUAAAAGGGCAGAUAACAAAUCAUUCAAAGAAAAUGUACUACAUGUAGUCUGGGGGAAAGGUAGAAAUCUGCAGAAAAUAUGUAGUUCAGAAUAUUAGUUAUUGUGGUUUCACAGUCUUAUAUUUAAAUAGUGAAUUCUUUGUUUAGCAAAAACGUGAAAAUGAUUUUAGAAUUAAACUUUGAUUGUAGAUAACAGUUUUUAUAUUGUUCUGUACCUUUCUUGGAAAGAUUAAGGUCUGGAAAAAUAAUUGAAAUUAUUCAAGAUUGUUUAAGGGUCUUUAUACAAAAACUUGAUAAAUAUUUUGCCAAGUCACGUCAGGGCUUUAGUGACAAGGGUUCACUUCACUGUACAAUAUACAACUAUGUUGGGAGCAAAAUGAAAAAACGCCCAUUCAUUUAAGUGGAUUUUGUUUUGCUUGGCAGCAACUGGCUGGCGUGUUACAGGCAAUGUUGUGAAACAAAAGUUUGAUUUAUAGUGACUUUAUACUGUAUUAAAAUGCUUACAUGUACAGGUACCAACUUUUAAUGUUAUUUAUCAUGCGUAAAUUUUUUAAAAACUUUCUUGAAGUUCUUGCUCUGCAUCUACCUGCAUUGUUUGAGUGUUGCAUUCUGAGAAAAGUAUCAAAUUCCAGCCAGUACCUUCUGCUUGAAAUACAUUGUAAUUUUGAGGCGUAUACAUAUACAUGUGUAAAUUCUCAUAGAAGUUAUUGUUUAAAUAUCGUGUCAUUUAUCAAUAAAUACAAAGUCUACCAACAUGA